AUGUCGAGCAUAUUUGUUAGAUUAGGGAUCCUGGUUGUACUGGCAGAAGGGCAGUUAAACGAUUGUGAGCCAUUCGUAGGGCCAACUACUGGGCUAGAGACUUAUUGCCAGGAUGAAAUCAACCAGAGACAGUACAAAUCGAUCGUUAGAAAUCCGUCGCGGAAUCCAUUAGUAAAUUGGGGAAAACUGGCCUGUCCUGCUCCUCAAUAUCGAAGCCUUACUGCUGCAGCUCAAUUUGUUGAUUCCCGAAACUGCUAUGAACAUACCCGGAAUCUGUUCUGCGCAGUCAUGCUCCCAGAAUGCAACGGAACGCAUGUUUUUGAAGCUUGUGAAAAGAUGUGCACUGAUUUCUCCACAAAAUGCAAUCUGUACAAUUUUGCUGGACAGAGUGUCCGCUGCGGAGGGACUCAUUUUGGAGUGCUGAAUUGUAAGGAGUUUCAAAACGUUUACAUCGAGACAAACCGGUGCAAAUACGAGAAGAUUGUGACUUCGACGAAGAUUGUUGUAAAACCGACUCGGUCAAGCAAUACUCCAAGUCUACUGUCUGGAGGAGACAAUGGCAGCGGGGGAGGAGCCGAUACAACAACUCAAGCCCCGGCGAAACCCGUAACAACUAUGGCACCGACAUGCCCCGCCGAUGGAACUUGCUUGGAGCUCAUUGAAGCCCAAGAGUUACAGUGGAGAACUUGCAUUGAAAAGUUCAUCGAUCCUACUUCUAAAUUCACAGUCAUUUGCGAGUGGAUCAAAUCCUUUGUUAGGUGGCGUUGGGCGGUUUUCAGACGAUGGAAUCGACUUUCAAAGGCAAUUACUUUCGAAGAAUACGACAUGGCAAAAGUUGAAUGCCCAGUUCAGGGGACCGUACGAUGCUAUAGUGCUAAAAGAAAAAAAUGCAUCCGAGAUCUGCACAAUUGCCCUUAUUGCUAUUGCGAAAUAGACCUAGACGAUUCGUAUGGAAAUAUUUUGCGCUACUGGUCGAAUGACAAUGACUUCUGGGGUUAUCGCCUGCAAUAUCAAUGGUUCCAAAUGUCCAUGAAUUAUACUGAGAUUACUGAUGAAUAUGAAAAGCUGUAA